CGGUCCCCUUCCCCCUGAGCCACAGGCUCUCCAUGAAGGAGGUGUUUGACUGUGAGGGGAAGCCCAGAGUAGACCUGCUCAAAGCCCACCUCACCAAGGAGGGCCGCCUGGAGGAGGUGGUGGCCCUACGCGUCAUCAAUGAGGGAGCCGCCAUUCUGCGCCAGGAGAGGACCAUGCUGGAUAUAGAGGCCCCAGUCACAGGUGAGGAUGAGGGGGAGGGGACAAGGGAAGAGAUGAAAGGAAAGAGGACAGGUGAGGGGAAGGAGAAAAAGACAGGGAAGAAGAUUGAGAUCCAGAGAGAGAAAGGAAGAGACUUGUGUAGCUGCAUGUAGCCUACGUUAUAGACACCCAGCUACUGGCUAGCUUUCUGCCUGUAGCCUACGUUAUAGACACCCAGCUACUGGCUAGCUUUCUGCCUGUAGCCUACAUUAUAGACACCCAGCUACUGGCUAGCUUUCCGCCUGUAGCCUACGUUAUAGACACCCAGCUACUGGCUAGCUUUCUGCCUGUAGCCUACGUUAAAGACACCCAGCUACUGGCUCGCUUUCUGCCUGUAGCCUACGUUAUAGACACCCAGCUACUGGCUAGCUUUCUGCCUGUAGCCUACGUUAUAGACACCCAGCUAAUGGCUAGCUUUCUGCCUGUAGCCUACUUUAUAGACACCCAGCUACUGGCUCGCUUUCUGCCUGUAGCCUACGUUAUAGACACCCAGCUACUGGCUAGCUUUCUGCCUGUAGCCUACGUUAUAGACACCCAGCUACUGGCUAGCUUUCUGCCUGUAGCCUACAUUAAAGACACCCAGCUACUGGCUACCUUUCUGCCUGUAGCCUACGUUAUAGACACCCAGCUACUGGCUAACUUUCUGCCUGUAGCCUACGUUAUAGACACCCAGCUACUGGCUAGCUUUCUGCCUGUAGCCUACGUUAUAGACACCCAGCUACUGGCUAGCUUUCUGCCUGUAGCCUACGUUAUAGACACCCAGCUACUGGCUAGCUUUCUGCCUGUAGCCUACAUUAAAGACACCAAGCUACUGGCUAGCUUUGGUGUGUGUCUUUCUCCAUGCUAAUGGUAUCUGUAUGAUAAUAUGACUGUAAGUCGCUUUGGAUAAAAGCGUCUGCUAAAUGGCAUAUUAUUAUUAUUAUUAUUAUUAUAAUUCCAUGACCACACACAUCCCACACUCACAGUGAGAGAAGAGAAGGUAGCUACCUAGCUACUGUAGGGUUUUCAGCUAAAAUACUGCUAGUCCCUAGAGAGCAGAGAUGGUAGGCAGGCUACUGGCAGGCUACUGGCAGGCUACUGGCAGGCUACUGGCAGGCUACUGGCAGGCUAAAGAGACACACACACACAUAGCAGCCAUCACGCUUCAUCUCUCUAACGCUUUAUGCUGUUUGUUCUGUAAGAACAUAUUACAGACAGUAAGGAGAGAGUGAAGUGGGGGUAGUGCCACUGUCAGAGUAGGGCUUUUUUUAUUUGACAGUUGACAUUUACUGUACUUGAAAGAGAAGAGAAAGGGUUGUUGGUUACCUUUCUGCUUUGUUGUCACUUUCAGAGACUGUUUGGAAAUACAUGCAGGUUGUCAUCUAUUGUAAGAGGGACAGUAAAACAAGAUACAACUAAAGUAAUAGGAAUGUGAUUCUGUAGUACUGCGGUUGUCUGUUUGUUUAACAUUGUUGUGUUUGAGGUUGUAUGCUAGUCUAACCGUAGAGACCCUUUUAAUUACUAGAAUGAUUUGAAUUCCUAAUUCUAUGAGUGUAACAUUGUUGUAACGCUGUGUUUCAGUGUGUGGAGACAUCCACGGUCAGUUCUUUGACCUGAUGAAGCUGUUUGAGGUGGGCGGUUCCCCCGCGACAACACGCUACCUCUUCCUAGGGGACUACGUGGACCGGGGCUACUUCAGUAUCGAGGUGAGGGCAUACUAACGUACCUAGUACACACUACCUAGUGCACACUAGUCCACACUACACUCUUAGAAAAAAGGGUUCCAAAACGGUACUUUGGCUGUCCCCAUAGGAGAACCCUUUUUGGUUCCAGGUAGAACCCUCUGAAGAAAGUGUUCUACAUGGAACCCAAAAGGGUUCUACAUGGAACCAAAAAUGGUAAUUCAAAGGGUUAUCCUAUGGGGACAGCCGAAUAACCCUUUAAGGUACCUAGAUAGCACCUUUUUUUCUAAGAGUGUACAGUGCAAGCCAUAUCUCAGACUGCCCAUCUUAAUCUUUUCUUUUUAUUGGCCAGUCUGAGAUAUGUUUUUUUCUUUGCAACUCUGCCUUGAAGGUCAGCAUCCCGGAGUCGCCUCUUCACUGUUGAUGUUGAGACUGGUGUUUUGCGGGUACUAUUUAAUGAAGCUGCCAGUUGAGGACCUUUGAGGCGUCUGUUUCUCAAACUAGACACUCUAAUGUAUUUGUCCUCUUGCUAAGUUGUGCACCGGGGCCUCCCACUCCUCUUUCUAUUCUGGUUAGAGCCAGUUUGCGCUGUUCUGUGAAGGGAGUAGUACACAGUGUUGUACGAGAUCUUCAGUUUCUUGGCAAUUCCUCGCAUGGAAUAGCCUUCAUUUCUCAGAACAAGAAUAGACUGACGAGUUUCAGAAGAAAGUUAUUUGUUUCUGGCCAUUUUGAGCCUGUAAUCGAACCCACAAUUGCUGAUGCUCCAGAUACUCAACUAGUCUCAAGAAGGCAAGUUUUAUUGCUUCUUUAAUCAGCACAACAGUUUUCAGCAGUGCUAACAUAAUUGCAAAAGGGUUUUCUAAUGAUCAAUUAGCCUUUUCAAAUGAUAAACUUGGAUUAGCAAACACAACGUGCCAUUGGAACACAGGACUGAUGGUUGCUGAUAAUGGGCCUCUGUAAGCCUAUGUAAAGAUUCCAUAAAAAAUCUGCCGUUUCCAGCUACAAUAGUCAUUUACAACAUUAACAAUGCCUACACUGUAUUUCUGAUCAAUUUGAUGUUAUUUUAAUGGACAAAAAAAAUGCUUUUCUUUCGAAAACAAGGACAUUUCUAAGUGACCCCAAACUUUGAACGGUAGUGUACAUAUUACCUCAAUUACCUCGACUAACCGGUGCCCCCGCACAUUGACUCUGUACUGGUACCCCCUGUAUAUAGCCUCCCUACUGUUAUUUUAUUUUAACUAUUUGUUAUUUUUAUUUUUUACUUAUCUAUUUUUUACUUUACACUUUUUGUCUUAAAACUGCAUUGUUGGUUAAGGGCUUUUAAGUAAGCAUUUUGCUUAUUCGGCGCAUGUGGCAAAUAAAAUUUGAUUUGUUUUGAUUACAUACUCGAGUCUUGGGUAUGACGCUACAAGCUUGGCACACCUGUAUUUGGGGAGUUUCUCCCAAUCUUCUCUGCAGAUCCUCUUAAGCUCUGUCAGGUUGGAUGGGGAGCGUUUUUUCACAGUUAUUUUCAGAUCUCUCCAGAGAUGUUCGAUCGGGUUCAAGUCCAGGCUCUGGCUAGGCUUCUCAAGGACAUUCAGAGACUUGUCCCGAAGCCACUCCUGCGUUGUUUUGGCUGUGUGCUUAGGGUCGUUGUCCUGUUGGAAGGUGAACCUUCAUCCCCAGUCUGAGGUCCUGAGCGCUCUGUCAGAGUGACCAUCGCGUUUUUGGUCACCUCCCUGACCAAGGCCCUUCUACCUUGAUUGCUCAGUUUGGCCAGGUGGCCAGCUCUAGGAAGAGUCUUGGUGGUUCCAAACUUCUUCCAUUUAAGAAUGAUGGAGGCCACUGUGUUCUUGGGUACCUUCAAUGCUGCAGACAUUUAUUGGUACCCUUCCCCAGAUCUGUGCCUCGACACAAUCCUGUCUUGGAGCUCUACAGACAAUUCCUUCGACCUCAUGGCUUGGUUUUUGCUCUGACAUGCACUGUCAACUGUGGGACCAUAUAUAGACAGCUGUGUGCCUUUCCAAAUCAUGUCCAAUCAAUUGAAUUUACCACAGGUGGACUCCAAUCAAGUUUUAGAACCAUCUCAAGGAUGAUCAAUGGAAACAGCUCAAUUUUGAGUCUCAUAGCAAAGGGUCUGAAUACUUAUGGAAAUAAGGUACAGUUGAAGUCGGAAGUUUACAUACACUUAGGUUGGAGUCAUUAAAACUUGUUUUUCAACCACUCCACAAAUGUCUUGUUAACAAACUAUAGUUUUGGCAAGUCGGUUAGGACAUCUACUUUGUGCAUGACACAAGUAAUUUGUCCAACAAUUGUUAACAGACAUAUUAUUAUUUCACUUAUAAUUCACUGUUUCACAAUUCCAGUGGGUCAGAAGUUUACAUACAUUAAGUUGAUGAUGUCAUGGCUUUAGAAGCUUCUGAUAGGCUCAUUGACAUAAUUUGAGUCAAUUGGAGGUGUACCUGUGGAUGUAUUUCAAGGCCUACCUUCAAACUCAGUGCCUCUUUGCUUGACAUCGUGGGAAAAUCAAAAGAAAUCAGCCAAGACCUCAGAAUAAAAAUUGUAGACCUCCACAAUUUCCAAAUGCCUGAAGGUACCACGUUCUGUACAAACAAUAGUACGCAAGUAUAAACACCAUGGGACCACACAGCCGUCAUACCGCUCAGGAAGGAGACGUGUUCUUUCAAAGCACAUCAAGUGAGUAGCUAGCUGGUAAUGUUUUCCUCUGAGCCGUACUGUUCCUGACGGAUCUUUCUGUGUUCUCUCUCUCUCUCAGUGUGUGUUGUAUCUGUGGUCGUUGAAAAUCCUCUACCCAAAGACGUUAUUUCUUCUACGGGGAAACCAUGAAUGUAGACACUUGACAGAAUAUUUCACUUUCAAAACAGAAUGUGAGUAUCUGUGUUCUCUCCUCUUCCUGUAUCCUCCUUUAUUCCACCAUUUAUCCCCCUCCCUUCAUACUAUCAUCCUGUUCCACUCUCUAUCCUCUCUCUCUCUUGCUCUCACACUCUUUCAUCUCUCUCCUUUCUAUGUAGUUCCAUCUCUCUCGCUCCUUUCUCAUCCAAGGCUCAUUCCAUCCUCUCCAUCCAUCCUCGAUCCCUCUCUCCCUCUCUCCUCCCAUCCUCCCCUCUCUCUCCUCUGGUUUUGGAUCACAGUGGCCCAUCAGAGAACAAAUUACUAAUAGGAAAUUAAUUUGGCCUUAAUGAUUGGCCCAGGGACGUAGUCUGCUGUGUGUGAUUGGCCAGAGGACGAGGAGCCUAAUUUCCCCUGAUGCUUAUGGCGAAUAGUGGUCGCCCUCAAUUACCAUCGGCUGUGUGUGUGUGUGUGUGUGUGUAUGUGUGAGAGAGGCUGGUGAACUGGUAUUAAUGAGCUCUCUCCACACUAGGCAGAUGGGGAAGUUGACAGACACACUCACAAAAACACACACACACACAACCCCUAACACCUACAUUUAACUCCCAACCCCUAAUCCUAAUUUUAACCAUAACCCUAAUUCUAACCCUAACCAUAACCCUAAGCCUAAAAUAGCCUUUUUACAAGUUAUGACCGGCAAAAUGUCCUCACUUCUCUGAAUUUUGGUUGGUUUACUAUUCUUGUGAGGACUUCUGCUACUCACAAAUAUAGUCAAACAUGUACACACCCACACACACACACAAACACAUACACAGCAUGUACACACACAUACACAAAUGUACACACACAUUGACACAUACACAGCAUAGUUUGGCUACUGCCCUAUAGUCCUUGGAUACUUCACUAUGGUGUUUUGAUUUAAUUUCUCUCUCUCUCUCUCUCUCUCUCUCUCUCUCUCUCUCUCUCUCUCUCUCUCUCUCUCUCUCUCUCUCUCUCUCUCUCUCUCUCUCUCUCUCUCUCUGUGUGUGUCCCCCACUCCUUUCUCGCUCCCCCCCCUCUCUCGCUCUCUCUGUGUCCCCCACUCCUUUCUCGCUCUCCCCCACCCUCUCUCUCUCUCUCUCUCUGUGUCCCCCACUCCUUUCUCGCUCCCACCCCUCUCUCUCUCUCUCUCUCUCUGUGUCCCCCACUCCUUUCUCACUCUCCCCCACCCUCUCGCUCGCUCUCUGCCCCCCUCCUCUCUCUCCCCUCCCCUCCCCUCCUCAGGUAAGAUCAAGUACUCUGAGCAGGUGUAUGACUCGUGUAUGGAUGCGUUUGACUGCUUGCCGCUGGCUGCUCUGAUGAACCAGCAGUUCCUGUGUGUCCAUGGAGGGCUCUCGCCAGAGAUCCACACGCUCGACGACAUCAAAAAGGUUCAGACACAACGCCCACUGUACUGGAUAUGUUUUUUUCUAUAACACACACAAUUCCUCGUAUUUUCCUGUUAAUGCCCUGGUUUCCAUGGCGAUUCAACCCUGGUUUUGACUCCACUUCCUGUACAGUACAUGCUGUUGUUUCCAAGACGACAUCUCUCUCUCUCUCUCUCUCUCUCUCUCUCUCUCUCUCUCAUAUUGACUGCUCUCUCUCUCUCUAUCAUAUUGACUGCGCGCUCUCUCUCUCUCUCUCUCUCUCUCUCUCUCUCCCUCGCUCUCUCAAUUUCAAUUCAAAGGGCUUCAUUGGCAAGGGAAACCAAAGCAAGUGAAAUAGAUAAUAAACAAAAGUGAAAUAAACAAUCAAAUUCAAAUGUCAUAUUAUUGGCUGUUGUAACGAUGUGCAAAUAGUUACAAAAAGUACAAAAGGAAAAAUAAAUCAACAUAAAUAUGGGUUGUAUUUACAAUGGUGUUUGUUCAAAUCAAAUAAAAUGUUAUUGGCCACAUGCGCCAAAUACAACAGGUGCAGACAUUACAGUGAAAUGCUUACUUACAGCCCUUAACCAACAGUGCAUUUAUUUUUAAUAAAAAAGUAAAAUAAAACAACAACAAAAAAGUGUUGAGGAAAAAAAGAGCUGAAGUAAAAUAAAAUAACAGUAGGGAGGCUAUAUAUACAGGGGGGUACCGGUGCAGAGUCAAUGUGCGGGGGCACCGGCUAGUUGAGGUAGUUGAAGUAAUAUGUACAUGUAGGUAGAGUUAAAGUGACUAUGCAUAAAUAAUGAACAGAGUAGCAGCAGCGUAAAAAGAUGGGGUGGGGGGUGGGGGUGGGGGGGGCAGUGCAAAUAGUCCAGGUAGCCAUGAUUAGCUGUUCAGGAGUCUUAUGGCUUGGGGGUAGAAGCUGUUGAGAAGUCUUUUGGACCUAGACUUGGCACUCCGGUACCGCUUGCCGUGCGGUAGCUGAGAGAACAGUCUAUGACUAGGGUGGCUGGAGUCUUUGACAAUUUUGAGGGCCUUCCUCUGACACCGCCUGGUAUAGAGGUCCUGGAUGGCAGGAAGCUUGGCCCUUGUGAUGUACUGGGCCGUACGCACUACCCUCUGUAGUGCCUUGCGGUCGGAGGCCAAGCAGUUGCCAUACCAGGCGGUGAUGCAACCAGUCAAGAUGCUCUCGAUGGUGCAGCUGUAUAAUUUUUUGAGGAUCUGAGGACCCAUGCCAAAUAUUUUCAGUCUCCUGAGGGGGAAUAGGCUUUGUUGUGCCCUCUUCACGACUGUCUUGGUGUGUUUGGACCAUGAUAGUUCGUUGGUGAUGUGGACACCAAGGAACUUGAAGCUCUCAACCUGCUCCACUACAGCCCUGUCGAUGAGAAUGGGGGUGUGCGCGGUCCUCUUCUUUUUCCUGUAGUCCACAAUCAUCUCCUUUGUAUUGAUCACGUUGAGGGAGAGGUUGUUGUCCUGGCACCACACGGCCAGGUCUCUGACCUCCUCCCUAUAGGUUGUCUCGUCAUUGUCGGUGAUCAGGCCUACCACUGUUGUGUCAUCGGCAAACUUAAUGAUGGUGUUGGAGUCGUGCCUGGCCAUGCAGUCAUGAGUGAACAGGGAGUACAGGAGGGGACUGAGCAUGCACCCCUGAGGGGCCCCCGUGUUGAGGAUCAGCGUGGCAGAUGUGUUGUUACCUACCCUUACCACCUGGGGGCAGCCCGUCAGGAAGUCCAGGAUCCAGUUGCAGAGGGAGAUGUUUAGUCCCAGGGUUCUUAGCUUAGUGAUGAGCUUUGAGGGCACUAUGGUGUUGAACGCUGAGCUGUAGUCAAUGAAUAGCAUUCUCACAUAGGUGUUCCUUUUGUCCAGGUGUGAAAGGGCAGUGUGGAGCGCAAUAGAGAUUGCAUCAUCUGUGGAUCCGUUGGGGUGGUAUGCAAAUUGGAGUGGGUCUAGGGUUUCUGGGAUAAUGGUGUUGAUGUGAGCCAUGACCAGCCUUUCAAAGCACUUCAUGUCUACAGACGUGAGUGCUACGGGUCGGUAGUCAGUUAGGCAGGUUACCUUAGUGUCCUUGGGCACAGGAACUAUGGUGGUCUGCUUGAAACAUGUUGGUAUUAUAGACUCAGACAGGGAGAGGUUUAAAAUGUAAGCGAAGACACUUGCCAGUUGGUCAGCGCAUGCUCUGAGUACACGUCCUGGUAAUCCGUCUGGCCCUGUGGCCUUGUGAAUGUUAACCUGUUUAAAGGUCUUACUCACAUCGGCUACAGAGAGCAUGAUCACACAGUCAUCCGGAACAGCUGAUGUCCACAUGCAUGUUUCAGUGUUACUUGCCUCGAAGCGAGCAUAGAAGUAAUUUAGCUCGUCUGGUAGCCUCGUGUCACUGGGCAGCUCGCGGCUGUGCUUCUCUUUGUAGUCUGUAAUAGUUUGCAAGCCCUGCCAAAUCCGACGAGCGUCGGAGCCGGUGUAGUACGAUUCAAUCUUAGUCCUGUAUUGACGCUUUCCCUGUUUGAUGGUUCGUCGGAGGGCAUAGCGGGAUUUCCUAUAAGCUUCCGGGUUAGAGUCACACACACACACUGAAAGCAGCAGCUCUACCCUUUAGCUCAGUGCGGAUGUUGCCAGGGGAAUCCAGGUGAAAACUAUGAUCCCUUAUUGAUGUCACCUGUUAAAUACACUUCAAUCAGUGUAGAUUAAGGGGAGGAGACAGGUUAAAGAAGGAUUUUUAAGCCUUCAGACAAUUGAGAAAUGGAUUGUGUAUGUGUGCCAUUCAGAGGGUGAAUAGGCAAGACAAAAUAUGAAGUGCCUUUGAACGGGGUAUGGUAGUAGGUGCCGGGCACACUGGUUUGAAUGUGUCAGGAACUGCAACGCUGCUGGGUUUUUCACGCUCAACAGUUUCCCGUGUGUAUCAAGAAUGGUCCACCACCCAAAGGACAUCCAGCCAACUUCACACAACUGUGAUAAGUUGGCUGGAUGUCAACAUGGGCCAAUUUCCCUGUGGAAUGCUUUUGACACCUUUUAGAGUCCGGAGGGCGGGGGGUGCAACUCAAUAUUAGGAAGGUGUUCUUAAUGUUUGGUCAGAUAUCUGGUGUGUUGUCAUUGUCUCUAUAAUCCAGUUGGACAGGUUCAAGGAACCUCCAGCGUUCGGGCCCAUGUGUGACCUGCUGUGGGCCGACCCACUGGAGGACUUUGGAAACGAAAAGACACAAGAAUACUUCGGCCACAACACAGUCAGGGGCUGCUCCUACUUCUACAGGUAAACACAGAGAGACGCUAACAUGGCAACGCACAUACGCAGGCACACACAGGCACACACACACACACACACACUUCUAAGACAGGUGAGAACCAGUGUGAUCUGUUGGUGUGAUGUACAGGAGAAAGGUGAGAUGGAGGAUGUGAAACGUGUUGUACUACAAGCUGCUUCAGAGAUCCAACAACCAAAGAAUAAUUGGGAUUUGUGGAACAGCUGUAAUUUUGCCCAGUUAUCUCACAGAUCCACACACACAGUUUCAGCGUUAAACCAUAUCCCACAAUCCUUAGGGAGACUGCACCGUUCUGUUUCCAUGACGACUGGCUACUACUGCCAGAUUGGGGAGUGAUAUUAAGAUACAGUGAGGUAAAGAGAGAGAGGGGGAGUGAGGGAGAAAAAAUAGAUUAAUCAAAUGUGAGACCAGAGGAAUGGAGUGAUGGAUAGUUGAGACUGUUGUCAUAGUAUCGUGCUAUACAAUAUGGAGCCCACACCACAGUCUAUUGAGAGAAAAAUACACUGCCCUCCUACUAGAUCUGGUUCUGCUGUUCAUUAGGGGCUCAAUGAUGACCCCUGGUGGUCAUUCAAUGUGAGCUGUUUCAAAGUAGACCUACCAUCUGAUGUAAUGUAGGGGUGUUCAAAAUACAAUCUCUCUCGCUCUCUCUCUCUCUCUCUCUCUCUCUCUCUCUCUCUAGUUACCCUGCGGUGUGUGAGUUUUUACAGACCAACAACUUGUUGUCCGUCAUCAGAGCACAUGAAGCGCAAGAUUCUGGGUAAGAGAAGCCCCACUUCUUCUUUGGUUAUUGACAAACACUGUACACCCCAGUGUGUGUUGAUUGAUCCGGGGGUGGGGAUGUGGGUUAAGUGUUUUUUUGGGGGGGGGAUUGGGGUUGUUAUGUCAACACAAACAGUUCAGUCAACCAAUACAGCAGUGCAAGGUUUCAUAAUCAAAUCAGUCCAUUUAUAGACAGUUAUCCAUAGUCAAGACUAACCUUAACCAAACAACAACCAUAUAUUUAACCCUAUACCCCUUACAGAUGAACCCCAAUCUAUGCAAUCCUAACGUAUCCCAAUCCCUUGACCGUUUCCCUGUUCAGGUACCGGAUGUACAGAAAGAGUCAGACUACAGGCUUCCCCUCCCUCAUCACCAUCUUCUCAGCACCUAACUACCUGGACGUCUACAACAACAAAGGUCAGACAUGCACACGCACACACAGACAGACCGACAGACACACACCAGUAGGCUAUCAGUGUGUAACAGGCCUGCCAUCUCUCAUCCUCUCAUAGCGGCGGUGCUGAAGUAUGAGAACAACGUGAUGAACAUCCGUCAGUUCAACUGUUCCCCUCAUCCCUACUGGCUGCCCAACUUCAUGGACGUCUUCACCUGGUCCCUGCCCUUCGUUGGAGAGAAAGGUGGGAAGAACGACUACAUGUAUUACAAACACCAAAAGAAACGGAUUGUCUCCCACUCUGAAUAUGUUCUCUCUCUUAUUAUUUUUUUCUCUCUCUCUCUCUCUCUCUCUCCUCUCUCUCUCUCUCUCUCUCUCUCUCCUCUCUCUCUCUCUCUCUCUCUCUCUCUCUCUCUCUCUCUCUCUCUCUCUCUCUCUCUCUCUCUCUCUCUCUCUCUUAUUCUCUCACUCUCACUAACUCUCUCUCUCUUAUUAUCUCACUCUCACUCUCUCUCUCUCUCACUAACUCUCUAUCUCUCACUAACUCUCUCUCUCACUAACUCUCUCUCACUAACGCUCUCUCACACUAACUCUCUGUCUCUGAAGGAUGGGACUAAUAACAAAUAACAACAAAUAAUAACAAAGAUAGCUAAUAAUGUAAGCAUACUGUGUCCAUAAUAAGUAUAUAGGUUGUAUGUUGGGAGCUUUUGGGAAAGAGCACAGUUAGAAAGAUAUGGCAUUUAGAAGCAAACCGGAUGGACAUCAUGAAAAUGAUCGGAGAGGUUGAGAGUAGAAGAAGUUCAGGAGCAAAAAAAUAAAUAAAUAUAUCUCUAUAUAUAUAUAUAUAUAUAUAUAGAUAUAGAUAUAGAAUUAUUGUAAAAUUAACUCUGUCCAUAAGGUGUAGAUAGUAAGUAUAGACCGGAAGUAGAGGCCUGGGCGUUGUUGUUCACUAAUUUACUCCAAGUAGGGAAAGGAUGGUGGGGUUGGUCUGAAAAUAAUUAAAGGGGAAUAUAUAUAUAAAAAAUAAAAAAAACAUGGGGGAUGAAGUGAUGCAGGACAAUUACAUUGAAGUAAGAUUACAAUUCUAUCUGCACUAUUAAGCGAUCCAAUACCCCCGAAAGAAAAAAUAAAAUAAAAUAAAUAAAAUAAAAAUAAAAAAAUAAAUAAAAAAUAAAAAAUACUCUCUGUCUCUCACAUAACUCUCUAGCUCGCCACACUAAAACUCUCGUAUAACUCUCUCUCUUUAUCUCGCUCUCUCUACCUCUCUCUCUCUCUAUCACUACUAUCUCUCAAACUAAACUCUCUAUCACAUAACUCUCUCUCUACACUAAACUCUAUCUAUCCUCUUAUUCUCUCUUCUUUCCUCUCUCUCUCUCUUCUCAUCUCUCUUGCUAUAUCUUCACUAACUCUAUCAUCUUUUAUAUCUCUCUAAAAACUAUCUCAAUAUCUAAAUCUUAUGUUUCUUCUAUUCUCUCUCUAUCUCCGAAGCUCUUUCUAUAUAUAUCACUAAAUCUAGUUCUCAAUCUAUAACAAUAACUCUCUAUCUCGCUAGCAAAUUAUAACAAAUAACUCUCUCUUAUAUUUCUAUAACACUAAAAUCUCUCUCUAUCACUAAACGUCUCUUUCACACUAACUAUACUCUUAUAAUAUCAUCUCUCUAUCUCUCUCUCUCUCUCGCUAUCUCAGAUCUAUAUCUCUAUUAUCUCUCUCUAUAUAUAACUCUAUAGACUCUCUUCUCUCUCUCUUCUCUCUCUAUCUCUUCUCUCGCUCUCUCUCUUAUUCUUCACUCUCACUAACUCUCUCUUAUCUUUAGUAUCUCCUCUCACUCUUCUCUCACUAACUCUAUCUCUCUUUUUUUCCUUCUAGCUCUACUAAAUGCUCUCUCUACACUAACUUCUCUCUCAAAACGCUCUCUCACCCACCUAACUUGUCCUCAAACGAAUCUCCUCUCUCGCACACUAACCCUCUUCCAUAACUCUCUCUCUUUCUCUCGCUCUCUCUCUCUCAUCCUGCUGCUAUCUAUUCGCUUCCUUAUCGAUCUCUUAUUCUCUCUCUCUAACUAAGUCUCUCUCCACAAUAACUCUCUCUCUUCUCUAUCUCCACUAACUCUCUCUCACAAUUCUCUCACUAAAGUCUGCUCACAUCGUAACUCGCUGCUCUCCACAAAAACUCUCUCUAGCGCAAACGAACCCUAUCGUCACUAACUCUCUCUCUUUCUCGCGCUCUAUCGCUCUGCGAUAGCGGUCUCGCUCCGAGGCGCCAGCUCGAUCGAUACUCUCUUCGAUAGGCUAGUACGGAUCUUCUAACGAACGAUCUCUCAACGAACUCAUCUCUACAGAACUCUCCGCACACAACGCUCGCGAGAUAGUAUCUCUCUCUCUCGAGUCUCUCGCGGAUGCUCUCUCUGUGCUCUCGUGCUCAUCUCGGCGCUCUCGAUGUUCGCUCUUCGCUCCACUGAACUCUCCUCGCGCUUGUCUCACGCACAAGAACGCGCGCUCCGCAGCACACAACGCACUCCAACACGAACGCCGCGCACGCACACACACGACACACGCUCGCCAGCACACUAACGCGCGCACGCACACGAACGCGCGCUCACACUAACUCUCUCCACGCACACGAACACGCGCUCAAUAAUCUAACUCUCUCACACUAACUCUCUCACCCUAACUCUCUCUCACUAACUCUCUCUCUCUCACUAUCUCUCUCUCUCACUAUUUCUCUCUCUCUCACUAACUCUCUUAUUCUCUCCCUCUCUCACUAACUCUCUCUCUCACUCUCUCUGACUCACUCUCUCUGAGUCUCUCGGUAUGUGUCUCUAAUAUGGUCAUACAUUUGGCAGGAGGUUAGGAAGUGCAGCUCAGUUUCCACAUAAUUUUGUGGGCAGUGGGCACAUAGCCUGUCUUCUCUUGAGAGCCAGGUCUGGCUAUGGCGGCCUCUCUCAAUAGCAGGGCUAUAGUCACUGAGUCUGUACAUAGUCAGAGCUUUCCUUAAUUUAGGGUCAGUCACAGUGGUCAGGUAUUCUGCCACUGUGUACUCUCUGUUUAGGGCCAGAUAGCAUUCUAGUUUGCUCUGUUUUUUUUGUGUUAAUUCUUUCCAAUGUGUCAAGUAAUAUCUUUUUUGUUUUCUCAUGAUAUUGACUGUGCCCCCUCUCUCUCUCUCUCUCUCUCUCUCUCUCUCUCUCUCUCAUAUUGACUGUGCCCCCCCCCCCUCUCUGUCACUCUCUCCCUCUCCACAGUGACAGAGAUGCUGGUGAAUGUUCUCAGUAUCUGUUCAGAUGAUGAACUAAUGGAGAAUGAUGGAGAGGAAGAGGUCUAUGAUGGUAAUCAUAUCUUUGUAAAUAGAUACACAUGGGAAGACCUGCUACAUCUCAAAUGGGACCUUACUCCCAAUAUAGGGAACAAGGUGCCAUUUGGCACACAGACACGUUGAUUGUUUCCAUUAUUAUGUCAAUUCAACCUUCCCUUUCACUUCCUUGUUAUUGGUGUCCUUUGUUUUACUCCUCUGUGAUUGGUUCCCUCCAGCCAAUGCAGCGGCAGCUAGGAAAGAGGUGAUCAGGAACAAGAUCCGUGCCAUAGGGAAGAUGGCCAAAAUGUUCCAAGUUUUA